GAGGAGAUUUUGCUCCGUGAUGCGACUUCCGUUUCCGUCAUUUUGAGGCAAUGAAAGUUGAUGUUCGUUCGAACAUUGUUGAAAACGAAAUUGUGACUAUAUAUUUGAUUUUAACUGGCAAGUGUUGACUGCUGCGUAAACGGGACUGAAGUCCAAGUAACAGAGGUGAUUUUGAUUUUGAACGGCCAUGCCACUUCCGCUAUUACGAAGCAGUUUCCUGUUCAUUUGCUUGUCAGUUUCAAGUGUUGACUGCUGUCUGAAGGUUCACGUGACGUCCAUCGAGUGCAGCGGAAGUUUACAGACCAGGCAAUAGAAGUCACGUCUUUUAUCGAGGACCUUUUACGUAUCGGGAGAUAUGUAUUGAAGAGGAAAUCACCUGCCGGCUAACAUGAGGAUGAAAAUCAUUGCUUGUGUGCUGAUGCUUGCACAUACCACAAUGGUUGAUGCACUUCCUCAAGUAUGAUUAGAUGACACAGCCACUGAACAGGAAUCGCUCCUCAUGUUAUCUCUACUUUACAGCAAAAUGAAGACGACAAAAACAACUCUUCGCUCAUGCAUUUUUGCUGCACUACUUGUCAUUGGACUUACCGCAUCACCAAAUUGUUACCAGCACCCGAAUAACCUUGGUGAGUGUGAUGAAGGCUGUCUUGGAGGUUUCUUUGGAGACUAUUGUAACAAAACCUGCCCGCAACAUUGUGCAGGACGAAGGGGAGACAAGCACGCAGCUUGCAGUCAGGACAUUGGACAAUGUUUAAGUGGCUGUGUGCGCGGAUGGUAUGGUAACAACUGUUCCAAACGUUGCAGUAAGCAUUGUUCCACAGGGGUAUGCAAUAUGCUGAACGGUGACUGUAUUGAUGGGUGCAAGGGUGGUUUCUUCGGGUUGGAUUGUAAAUACAAAUGCAACGCGAGAUGUCAAGGCGGUGUGUGUAACGGAGAUGGUACGUGUGAUUGUAAAGCCGGCUUUGCAGGAAGAUACUGUGAUUUUACAUGCAGCACAGACUGCAGUGGUAGUGAGUGUAGUGUUGGAGAAGGUGCACCUGUAUGUAGCAAAGGAUGUGUCCCAGGAUUUACUGGACGUUACUGUCAGCAGCUGUGCCCGGAGGAUUGUCAACGAAACUUGUGUCAUCAAAAUGGUUCGUGUGUGUCAGAUACAGAACCACGCGCAUUACCUCUCGUGGAUGCAGCAGAAGACAAUAUAUGUCUUCAUCACAACCCAAACACAGGACUUUGCGAUUGUUGUAGAACUGGGUGGACGGGAAACAACUGCAACACCAAGUGUGACAAUUGCGGCCAUCGUUCUGUACAGAACAACGGUACACACGAAUGUAAAGAUUCGUGCACAAAGGGUACCUAUGGUGUGAUGUGUAAUGAGACUUGUUCAAAGACAUGCGCCGAUGGUAGUUGUCAUACAAAGUCGGGAAACUGUCCUGGAUGCGUACUUGGAUACUAUGGCGAAAGAUGUGACAAGAAAUGCGACAGACGAUGCCUUCAAGGAGGGUGCUAUCAACACUCAUCCCACUGUAAACUAUGUCCAUAUGAACGAUAUGGUUCCUUUUGUGAAGAUAAAUGUAGUUUUGGUUGUGCUGGGGAACGCUGUAAUAAAAGAACCGGAGAAUGUCUACACGGCUGUAAACAGGGGUAUCUGGGGAAAAAAUGCAUUGAGAGGUCCAGCAAGGGAUGUUCAACUUCCGAGUAUCGUCUACCAGGGCGUGGCCAUUAUCGCUGCGUUGGACGGAGUUGUGAGGUUGGGUUUACAGGAGAAGACUGCCGAUCUCACUGUUCCAAGUGUGGGUAUGGAUGCUACAAACAGAAUGCAACAUGUACAUCGCUAUCGGACCAAGGAUUUCACGAUGAUCCAAAGACAGUGCUAAUGAGCGUCGGUGUGUCAAUGCUGGUUCUGAUAGCUGUGGUACAUCUCAUCGUCAUGAUCGUCAAAAUCUUGAAAAAUUGGAAAUAUAAAGAUUAUCAUCACCUAUCCAAAACGGAGAACUCAUUUGCAGGACAGCAAGAAACUACCACAGAACAAAAAUGUUCUAAACAGGCAUGUAUUGAGUAAGAUUCCAUGACGAAACAGUAGCAAUAUUACAAUGUCACAAACUACACAAUAUAUGCACAAUCAGUGCAAUUAGAACACACAUGUAAAUUCAACUUCCAAUGUGGUACAUUACAACAAUUUUAUUCGAAAAUCAGUGUAUUAUAACGAUAUGGAAACAUUAUGAGAAUUGAGCAAAACUAUGGUAAUGUUGUAUAUACAAGGAAUUUGUUCAUAAUUGUUGAUAUGAUAACAGAUCUUGGAAGUUGUUUCUGGAUGACUGUUGGUAAAAAAUUUAGGAACUGUUCCUUAUUCUUUAUCAUGAUUGAGGAUUAUUUGUGAUUCUCUUUCUUGGUUGUAUUUUAUACAAGAGACAUCACAGAUACGUUGUUCCAAUAGGGUUGGUGUUUUUGCAUAUCUACCAGUAUCAAUUUUUAGUUUGUGAUUACUUAAGCAAAGUUGUUAGAAAUGUGACCUAUGAGCUUUGUUUUUACAAUAUGUGACAUAAUUCUCAAUAUUUAUAGAUGACUUUGCCAACCUGUAUGUUCUUAACUUGCUGUUAGAUAGCUGGGAAUCCCUUAAUGAAUACGUGAACAUAUUUCUACAUUUGAAUUGAAGUUUAUUUACAGUGCAUUCAUACAUUUAUUUGUGUUAAUAAUUUCAAAAAAUUGUUUUAUUUAACUCUGCUAAGAUUUUGAACAGAAAUAUUGAUCUUUGCUGUCAAAGCAUGUUUAAGAAUGGCAUUUGUUGUGUUAUCUAUAUAUCGAUUAUUUUUAAUAUUAUUAGUACUAAUAGUGGGUAUGUAUCAAGUUCUGCCUGACAGGCCCAGUUAUGUGUUUUCUUGCCUUGCUUUUCCUUAUGCUGACCAUUCAAAGACAAUGUUUCUUUUAUUGUGCUUUCCGAAGAUAACGACAUUAAUAACAACCAACUUGUUCUUUACACCAAUCUUCUCCUCCCAUUGAUUACAUUUCCUUCCUCUGCAUAUUACAUUAUAUGUCGGGGAACAAUUGAUGCACUGCAGCAAUCUCUACUUUUAUUCCUGUACCAAACAGUAGAUAAUCCAAUGAACAAAAACAAAGUGAAAGUCAAGUCUAGUAAAUUUUUAUAUCACUAUUUCUUUACCUCGAAUGGUGGAGGUCUAGAUCUACACACAAUUUUAUUCAGUACGUGUGACUUCAUGUUUACACUGAAAGCCAUACAACAACCAGCUGUAACGCAGGGCUCCCUCAAGGAAAGUGUAAGUUGUUCGUCAGUGUUGACGUCAUUUUAAGUGUAAGGUCUCGUGAAAAACGUAUGAACGUCAAACUGUCGUUCAUACUCUUAUGAACGUCAAUUUCGCGGUCAUGUGACCGACCUCUAGUCCAAUGGAAAAGCCGUAUAUCGUGUAAAGAUCACAUCAUUAAAAAAUCUGAUAAAAACAAUUGCAGUGGCUGCUUAUGUUAUUAUAUAUACAAGUGAAUACAAGAGCGGAUCAUGACCGUUUGACUUUUGAUAGAAACUUCCCAUUUUGAAAAUGAAGCUUUAAAUGUUUAUAUCAUGAACCUGCCUUUUAAAUUCCAGGAUUGAAAUUAAUAUUUUUGUUGAUUUAUUACUUGAAAUCUCGAGUAAUCAUAUUAUUGAGUUCUUUAUUUCGUCACAACCUGGUUCUUCGAAGACAUUGUAUAAUUCUUUAUCCAGUCUGCGUUACAGCUGGUUCUAUUGUAAAGAUACACGUAUUCAUGUUUUAUGAGUGAAUAAGGUUUGUUUAACCCGGCUUUAAACCAUAGUUCAGUGACAUGUAUACAUCCAUCAGCUUAAUGUUUGAGGAAAGCAAAAUACGAUGGAUGUCAUUGUUUAGUGAAACAGUUACAGUUGUAGUAAUGAAGAUGAAUACUUUGUUUGUACAUUCUACUAUAAGGGUAACGCCAUUUACAGGACAUUAUCAUUUGCAGAAGGCCGAGGUCUUCCAUAAACUGCCCGACGAAGGAUUGCAGUUGAAAAGACCGAGGACUUCUGCAAAUGAUAA